AUGCUUGAGGCAGAAAUCCGUCAUGAUGCUUCUUCCUGGAGUACCCUUACCAUGUCUGAGACGUCAUCAAUCAGAGUCACCGAAUUCACUGUCGGCUGGAUUUGCGCUCUGACGGACGAGUUUAUCGCAGCCCGACAGAUGCUAGAUGAGAUUUAUACAAUUAAAAUUGCCAAGUCACAUCUGGAUGAAAACGUCUACACAUGCGGGCGGAUUGGGAGACAUCGGGUUGUGAUCGCCUCCCUACCACAAGGUCGUUAUGGUCAAGCAUCCACUUUCAAAGUGGCAUCAGGGAUGAUGACUACAUUUCCAUCAAUUAAAAUUAGUCUGCUAGUCGGAAUUGGCGGCGGAGCGCCAAACUUGAACGUCGAGGGCAGGGAUAUACGGCUCGGCGACAUUGUUGUCGGAACUGCUGUGCUUCAGUAUACUUCCGGGAAGCGAACACACCACGGACUCGAGAACUUUUACCCUGUCCGUUACAUGGAUAGUAACCUUCUCGGUCAUUCGCAAAUUCUCGAAGCGCAUAUUUUCGAAGAUAAGCUAAACCUCCAGAGAGCUGCAGAGGAAAUGAUCAAGAAAACAGGCAAGGCCAAGUUUCAACGCCCUGACCCAGAAUCGGACCGUCUUUACGAAUCGGAUUACGUUCAUGCAGGUAAAGCUUGUGACUGCUUGGGCAUUCAUUCUAAAUGUCAAUCCCAUGUGGUCGAUAGAGAGCCACGUGAAGAGAACGAGCUGGUUCAAGUUCACGUCGGCAAAAUCGGUUCCGCCGAUCAAGUCAUGAAAGACGCCAGUACACGAGACCAGCUUACCAACGCUCACGACAUCAUAUGCUUCGAAAUGGAAUGCGCUGCUCUGGUGGACAACUUGCGUUGCAUAACUAUUCGUGGAAUAUGCGAUUAUUCGGAUUCACACAAGAACGACCGAUGGCACGGAUAUGCGGCUGCUGUUGCUGCUGUCUACGCUAAAGCUCUGCUAGAAAUCAUGCCUUCCUUGGAGGUAGAAGGUCCCCGGGGCAUUACUCAGCAGAUUCAGGAAUCGAUCGAUAACGUUGCCAAGAGAGUAACAGAACUAGAGGGACAGGGUGGUCAAAAGGACAAGCUCAGGAUCACGGAGGAAGCGGUCGAGUCCCUUCGAGAUGGGAUCAACUUGAUUGAAAAAGAGCAACAGGAGCUAUUGGAUACACAUCUAGACCACUCUGAUCAACUACGCGAAAUGCAGGAACAACAUAGACAGUUAUGCGAAUCUCUACAAGGGUUGGAUCAAAUCAUCGAUCAGCGGAUAGCUGCUAGUACGGACGAGCUCAGACAAGAGUGGCAGACUCUAAAGGACAAUGUGGAGGACCAAUCUUCGAGACUGGAAACAUUACGAAGAGGGUUUGCUCAUUGUUCUCGGGCAAUUGAAGAUACAUCAUCUGUGUUACGAAUAAUUGGUGAUACGAUAGGGAAUAAAGGAGUUAGCGAUGCUGGAAAGAUAACGGGAGGGAUAAACAACGUCCUUCAAGACACCAUUUCUGGAAACGCUCGCUCAAAGUCCCCUGGACACGCACCGACGCAGCCUAAAUUGAAUGGUGGAGAUAGAGCAACCGACCAUCUACAUCAGCUCUUACCUCCAAAGGAUGUUUUCUCGAAGAGCAACCUUCGUUUGAAGAAUUUCCUAAAGUCAGCAACAUCUAUCACUAUCAGACGAUCUGGGCAUAGCGGAAGAGAAGAUUCGCAAAUCCAGACAGGCGGUACCAUUCCGAGGAUCGAAAACCAAUAUUCGCCUCGAUCUUCUCCAUAUAUUCUCAGUCCAGCAGAUGUAUCAAUUCGCUCGUCGCUCUCUUUAUCUUCUCAUAUUUCGACUGAUCGUGCCUCAGAACGACGUACAUAUCAUGGAGCCAUGAACGGCAAUGCCGAGAAUGGACAGAGUCCAAGAAAUUCUGUUGAAUUCUUCCAACCACGAAGGAAGCAGCUGACGGAGCUAACCGAUCAUUCCACAAAGGUCCGCGAUGAAAAUCCAGGUAGACCAACAAGGACUCCUCCUUCGUGGUCGACUGGCAGAAAGCCAUCAGCCCGCCAACCCCUGACCCCACAAAUUCGACGAGAUCGCCCGGAGGUUCAACAAAUCAACAUGAAUGCACGGACAACAAGGACAAGUAUAGAAAGCUCUUCCUCUUCCUCGAGGUGGCAACAAACAAGCCACUCGUCCAUCAACGAAGCUACGAAUGGGGUGUUGUCAAGCUAUACGCCGCGCGCACCAGGCUCCAGAUACAGUUCAACGAGGCAAACCCAGGGAGCGGUGGAUGCGAAUCGUCGCCAUCCUCCAGAUGAGACAUACCAGGCCGAAGCUGAACCCACUCCCUCUUUCGCGAAGAGACGAGAGUUUUUUGAGCAAAUGCAAGAUGAUAGAAGACCAUCGCUAUAUCGGGGAGACUCGCCGAAUACCUAG